AUGGAGCACUCAUCCGAGCCUUCAAGUCGACCCCGAUAUGCUGCCAUGAGAGACGAUCAGGAACGUGAUGACCAAGGAGAAAGGGCUCUUGAUGAGCCAGGCGUGAAAUUCUCCCAAAGACCAAAACCUCCCCGUCAAGUGCGUGAUUCCCGCCGCGCUUCUGAACCUCGCCGCGACCGUACAUCCACAAGACCAGAUCCCCGUUCGUCCCGCCGUCGCCGUCAUUCACGCGACCGUAGCCGUGAUCGCGCUCCUCGUCUAUCGCCCGAUUCCUCACGUCGGGGUCCAGAAGUUAACGACUUGAUCCCUCGCUAUCGAGAGCGCCACCGCGAAACAGAUGAUAAGUCACGCCGUCGGAGCCGCAGCCGGAGUGAAAGUCGCGAUCAAACAUCCAGAGCUUCUCCAUCAACAUCUAAGCGGCAUCAAAGCCGUAGUCCAUCUUUGACCGGGUCCAGUCGAAAGAAGUCCAGAAGGGAUAGAAGCCCUCGGCCAAGGACAAGGGACUACAGCCCUGAAUCUGCUUCAAGAAAGCACGCUCGACAUCCAUCACGUGGACGGCGUCAAACGUCGCCUCGCCAUCACGUACGGACAUCAAAAUCCCCAAUGCGAUCACGUCACAGAUCGCCAGCAGAAUCAGAAUCAGGCUCCCGGCGUGCAGAUAGACCAGGAGGGCACGGGCGACAGUCCCAGACUCAAUCACCUAUGUCAGAGUAUCGAACAUCUUCGGCGCGGCGAGCCCAACCAUUACCUAUUGAUGGCCAGCGUGGGCCAGACUUCGAGCAACAGUCCUCGCGGAGACAACAUCUACCAAGAUCACCUCAUGCUAGCAAAGAACGGCGAUCUCGAGAGGGGUCGCCGGGCUGGCGCCAUUCUUCAAGGUCAGAUAUCGACGACGACAUGACUUCUCGAGGCAACCCACGGGGCAAUUACAAUCAUAUGUACCCGUCAAAGCCGCAUAUGGGUAAUGAUCCAUAUGCUCAAUCGCCUCAAAACUCUUAUCAUAACUCGCCAUCACGGUCACCUUAUGGAUCAUCGCGUGGCGGUAGAAACGGCCAGCAAUCUCAUCCUCAAGGAAGUAACUAUGGCCCACCAAGCGGGCCUUCAAGUCAAUAUCAUUCUAAUCCCUCGCGAUCCCCUCCACAUUCUGCCCCUACUGGGCCUAUGCAGCAGUACCCUCAAGGAGGAAGCUAUCGUGGAGGUUAUCGGGGUGGUGGUUUCCGGGGAGGCUCUUUCGGCAAUCGAGGUAGAGGUGGUUUUAAGAAUUCCCACUGGAAUCAAGGUCCUCCCCAACGAGGACAUCAUGACGACUUGAGCAAUGGACGGUUCAGUAAUGUGGACGAUCCCAACGCCAUGGAUAUCGAUCGCAUGGACGAUGGAGAUGGCCAUUACCCAACUCAUGAUCGAAACAUUGAAGAGGGGGUAGACGUUCUAGCUACCCCCAACAGACCGCCUCCAACGGGUCCGGGCUCACAGUCACAGUCAGGGGGAUCUGGUAGCAAAUUCAGUUUUGCUUUCAAGCCAUCUUCAAAGCCUGCCCUCACCGCGCCGAAGCCUGAGAUAUCUCAAAAAUUGAAUGCUGCUCCUCGAAGAGACGCUCAAAAAGAUAGUCGGGACAAUGACCGCGACCGCGACCGCGGUCGAGACCACGAUCGAGAAAAAGAAAGAGACAGAGACAGAGAACGGGAAAAGGGCAGAGAGAGGGACAGGGAUAGAGAGCCUCCACGAAGUGCACCCACAGAACCAGCGUCAUCGCGAUCACGACAUGAUCGCCGCCCGCCUCCCGAGGGACCGAGGGUAGUGCCUCGAAUGCGCAAAGUGAAGAAGAUGAUGAAACGCCCAAAGCCAAGACCAACUCUCUCUGCCGAUCUGGUGGAAUCAGAGUCUGUUUUCUUCAGGAAACCUGGCAAUGAGUCCGUCGUCGGCUCCGGCACUUAUGGCAAAGUCUUCAAAGGCUUGAAUGUCUACACAAAAGGAAUGGUUGCUCUGAAGAAGAUCCGCAUGGAGGGUGAACGUGAUGGCUUCCCUGUUACGGCUGUGAGAGAAAUCAAGCUCCUUCAGUCGCUCAGACACGUCAACAUCGUCAAUCUUCAAGAAGUUAUGGUUGAGAAGAACGACUGCUUCAUGGUGUUUGAGUACUUGUCGCACGAUCUCACAGGACUUUUAAACCACCCGACCUUCAAGCUGGAGGCUGCACAGAAGAAGGACCUUGCCAAGCAAAUGUUUGAGGGAUUGGAUUAUUUGCACACAAGGGGAGUCCUUCAUCGUGAUAUCAAGGCCGCAAAUAUUCUCGUGAGUAAUGAAGGAGUGCUCAAGAUCGCAGAUUUCGGUCUUGCUCGCUUCUACGCCAAGCGUCAUCAACUGGACUACACCAACCGAGUCAUCACUAUCUGGUAUCGUUCACCUGAGCUUCUGCUGGGUGAAACCAAAUAUACAGCUGCCGUCGACGUCUGGAGUGCGGCAUGUGUCAUGGUUGAGAUAUUCGACCGAAACGCCAUCUUUCCCGGCGAUGGCACUGAGCUCAACCAAUUGGAAAAGGUCUACAACGUUAUGGGUACGCCGAGCUUAAGAGAAUGGCCAAGCCUCGUUGAAAUGCCCUGGUUCGAGCUCAUGCGACCGACUGUCAAGAAGAAGAGCAUCUUUGAAGAGAAAUACCGCGAGAAGAUGUCCCCGGCAGCAUUCGAAUUGCUUUCUGCCAUGUUUCAUUACGACCCAGUCAAACGACCCAGCGCUGCCGAAGUGCUUCAACACACCUACUUUACUGAGGAAGAGCCAUCAGCUCGGCAAGCCACAGAACUCUCCACUCACAAUGAUUGGCAUGAAUUCGAGUCAAAAGCCCUCCGAAAGGAAAAUGACAGACGUGAAAGGGAGGCUCGAAAGCUGGCUAAAGAAGGUGUCAGCCGGGACGCGGAUAAAGACAAGAAACGUGUCAACGAAGGAACUGAACAGCCAGAUGCGAAGCGGUUACAGGUUGACAAGAAUGGUGGAAACAAGCCCGCACCAGCGGCGACCUCGUCAAAACCCACUGAGGCAUAG